UGUACGUUUACACUUUACAGAAUCAUAAUAAUUAUAUGAUGAAUCAAUUUUUGUGGAAUGAUCCUGAUAUAAAAGCCCCACCAAUUAAUAAAUAUAAAAUAUGUGGCAAAAUUAUAGAUGUAGAAGAGUUAUAUGGCAUAUUUUCAAAGACACCAAAUGUUCUCUCCAAUCAACAAGAAUUACGUGUUGAAACAGAAUAUCUCUCUCGUAUUGUAUAUAGAAUGAGCAGAAAAUUCAGAAAUGAUAUAGGAUUUCGAUAUACACGCAAAAUCCUUGCCGCAUUAAAAAAAUAUUUGAAUACAACCAUUUCUUCAGAUAUAAUUGAAUUUCACAGUUGUAUUCCAAAAAAAUUUGAUCAAGAAGGAACAUAUUUACCAACAAAACAAAUGCUACAAUACAUUCUUGUGAGAUUGCAAUCCUUGAUGAAAUUCAUGACACGAAUCUUAGUAUGCUGCGAAGAUGCUACUCGCUUUUAUAAGGACAGAAUAAAACGUGGCCAAUCUUGGAAUGUUUCAUUACUGACAUUUGCCAAUCAAUGUAAAAUUUGGAGUAUCUGUAAAACUUUAUUAAAAGAAUCGUCAACCUUAUAUUCUAGUUUGUUACCAUAUAUGAAUAAAUUUCAAAUAAGUGGACCAGAAUGGUUGAAUGAGAAAUAUGAAUUUCCUACAAAUCUAAGAGAAUGGCUGUCUUAUGAUAUGGAUAACGAAAUUCCUACUUGCAUAGAUAUUCCAUCAAUUAGUGAAGUAAAUUUUAUAGAUAUCACUGAAGACGAUGAUGUUGAGUAUUGUGGCGAAUAUGAUUUAGAUUGCCAAAUCAUAGACUCACAAUGUAAGCAGACCGUAUGCACAACUGCUUCAAAGUUGAGUAAAAAGAAAAAACAUUCACUAAAAAUUUCAAAACCACAAAUGGAAGAUAUUGGUGAGACUGUUUCCCGAACAAAUUUAAUUCAAGAAUUUAUGAAACAGAAUUCUCAGAAAGUUGAUAAUUCUGAUGAUGUAACAGAAACAUGUAAAAAUCACCAAAUUAGUAGUAAAGUUAAAUCCAAUAAGCGAAAAAUGGAAUCUAUAAAUAUAGGUGAAUCUGUAAUUCCAAUUUUAAAAGAAACGCCAAUAAGCAACAAAUCAAAUAAAAAUAAAUCAGUAAAUGUUGGUGGAAAGUUUAUAUCUGAUACGUCAAUUGUAAAAAAUAAUUUAAUUUGUGUCACACAACAGUCAAACACACCUGAUCGUACUUUCCACAAUAUAAAUAAAAAUAAAAAUCACAAUCAAGGCGGCCAAGACUUCAAUUUUAAUAAUAUUAGAAGCGCAAGAGAUUUAUUUGUAUGCUUGAAACAAGAGGAAAAUUAUAGAAAUUUGGAUUUACAAAAAGCAUUAAGUAAAAACUUAGGACUUAUGCAAUGGCAUGCUUUUAAAAACAAAAUGUUAGUUCAUGUUAAGAAAUUAAAUGCUAAAGGCAAAUGUGCUGAUAGUAAAAACACAAAACAAUUGUUAGAAAAAAUUAAAAGAGAAUGGUGA